AAGGCUUUUGGUGUAGUUAACAAUCUACAGUUUACACUUUCGGUUGUUCAGAAAUGAAUAAUAUGUGCGUAGGUAUAUACAGACUGUAUAUGUGUAACGGUCCUAUAUCUGUAAAUUUACACAUAAGAACGUAAUAUUAGGUAAUAUGGAGUGAUAGUCAUGGCAGAGGAGUGGAGCGUGAUAGGUGGAUUACAAGAGCAGAGGACUGUUGUGGAUGGGUCUAUGUUACAUCAACACGAUGGUAUGGUGCCCCGGGAGGUAUGGAAUAGCAAAGGCAAAGAGAGGUCCCAAUGGCAAGGGAAGAAGCAACCAAGUCCAAGAGGGAACCGCCAGCUUUGGCCAAAGAAGUCAACCUUUUGUGACCCUGAACAGGGAACUAGCGCAGCUGCAUCAUGCAGGGACAGGCUGAGGAACAUAAAAUUCACAGAGGAGGAAAAUGAUGUUCUAGUUACAAAGGUGCUGGAGAACUAUCCAAAGCUGUAUGGGGAAGAUGCAUCAAGGACGUCAAGUUUUGAGAAAAAAAGAAUCUGGCGCGGCAUUCUAGAAUCCAUCAAUGGUCUGGGAGUAAGCGUUAGGAACGUGGACACAUGCAAGAAAAGGUUUGCCGACUGCAAGCGCUUUGUGAGGGCUAAAAUGAGCAAGCACUGGCGCCUUGCUGGAAAGCGUCAGUCCUUGAGUGUGUACUAUGCAGACUGGGAAGAAAAGAUAAAAGCAGUUAUAUGUCCUCUUGUUGAAGGAAUACCAGGUCUAAUUGAUUCUGCAAAUCCUUGCACAUAUGAAUGUCCAGGCCAUUGGUCUCCUCAUGAAAAUGCUUCACCAGAAGGUACGCUGACUCCUGAAGAAACUACAACUUCAGAAGUGCCAUUUUAUCCCGAAACACAGAUGCCAACCAAGCUAAAACCAGAGUCGGAAAACGCAAUAUGGCCAGCCUUCCAUACAAAUGAGGAAGAAAGCAUGGAUGAAUUAGAAGGGCCUUCUAUACAAGGUGGUCAACAACAUAAGGAAAGAAUGGCCGCAUCUUGUCAGUGGGUAGAACGCCAGUCUGAAGGACAUGCACCUUCUGAGAUGGACCACCUUCUUCAUCAAAGCCAGGAGGCAUUUCGCAGAACCAUGAGACGGCAAUUACAUGCCGUACGUCAAGAACUUAGAGAAUUUAGACGUGACCAUACAGAAAGGAUGGAUCUCUUGUUGACUCUUCAUCGUGAACACCUAAUGGUGGAGGAGCAGAAGAAUGAAAUUCUUUCCCAGUUGGUCAGCACAGUGAAUAAUUUAGUUACCAAACUUAGUCCAAUGGACACAUGUAAAGACGGACAAAAUUUACAGCAUCCCUUAGCUCAGACCUCCACCGUCGCUGGUGAAAACUCUCUCGCUAAGACUGAUACCCCUGUGGCUUCAUCACAUUACCUCUUCUGUCAGUCACCUGAACACCAAAAAGGUCCAACUCAAAACCGAAGGAGAAGACUUGUUCGUGGACAGUUUUCCAAUAAAAGAAGAAAAUAAAUGGUUUAUCUUGAGUUAUGCCAUUGUAUGCCAAAUAAUUUUGGUUUCGACUUAACUUUUUUAUUUAUUUUAUUAUUAAUUUAUAAUAAACUAAUAUUACAGACAUUUAGUAAAUAUGUGAUCGGACCAUUUUUCUACCUCUUGACCGAAGUGGAGAAACAGAACUGAAGCUCUGCAUUCUUUCAACCUCUGAACAUUUUUUAUAUAUCUAAAAUAAUAUAAUAUUUGUUGUCCCUUUUAUUAUGU